GUGAAGUUGAUUGGAUGAUGAGCUGGGAGGACUAAUGGCGGAAGUUAGAAUUAAUCAUAUCAGAGUUUGACAUCAUUUGUUUGUUUUUACUGAUUUUAACGAUGUGUUAUUUUAAAUCGUUUUGACAAGUGGUGUAAUAUAUCUAAUCAUAUACUUCAUUCCUUUAAAGUUGAUCGUCAAUAUAAGAAAAAACGAAUAUAUUCAGGAAAACCUACACUUGGGCUGGGCCAUUUUUAUUUUGGUUUUAGAUCUACAUGACCUAUAGACGUUAUGUACAGAUAAUGUGUUAGAAAGCAAUAGAGAGCAACUAUGGGUGAUAAAAAGGACAAAAGAAACAGUUUUUUGUCUUUCAAGAUUGGGAAAGAUAAGAAGGAGAAAAAGCAGAAUGCAGCAGCCACACUGCCUGCAGGUCAACGGUUGCCUUCGACAACUGAGGAGUCAUCAAAUGGUCAACCAAGUGGUCCAGCUCCACAGGAAGUUAUUAACAGUAUGACAGUUCAAGAGGUCAUUGAUAAAUUUGAACGUAUGCUGGAUGACAUGAACCUGACAGAUGAGAAGAAAGCCCCUUUGCGAGAUAGAGACAUUGGCUACAAGAAAGCUAUGUUACUUAUGCAUUAUAAGGCUCCAGCAAAGGGUGAGCUGGACUCACCUAGCAGUUUUGUAACAGAGUUGAGGAAUGCUGACCUUAAAGGAGAGAAAAGACUGAAAGUGUUAGAGUCUUUGAGAGUAUCAUUAACAAGUAAUCCAGUAAGCUGGGUAGAGGAUUUUGGUGUAGCAGGUCUUAAUGCCAUUCUCAGAAAUCUGACAUAUUGCUGUGACUCGAGGUCGGAGAGGAAGGCUACAUAUGAAUGUGUCCGUUGUUUGAAAGCAUAUAUGAAUAAUACAUUUGGUUUGAUGGAGAUAAUCAAGCAUGAGGAGGCUCUAACAAUACUUUCUAGAACAAUGGAUCCAUCAGACACAAUGACUAUGUUAGAAGCUGUGAGACUGCUGGCUGCUGUAUGCCUUGUUCCACCUAAUGGUCAUGAAAAAGCGUUAGAAGGAAUUACAGUAUGUGGAGAAAUACGAAAUCAAGAGCGAUUUGUGCCAAUUAUUAUGGGUCUAGGGAUGAGAGAUAACCAGGCAAUGCAGGUUGCCUGUAUACAGCUGGUCAAUGCCCUUGUCUCCACACCAGAAGAUCUUGACUUUCGGUUACAUCUCCGCAAUGAAUUUAUGAGAACGGGUUUGGUAGAUUUACUUUUAACAUUAGAUAAUUCAAAAGACAGUGAAUUACGGACACAUUUACAGAUUUUCCACGACCAUACUGAUGAAGAUUAUGAAGAAUUCUCACACAGAUAUGAUAAUGCCAGGCUUGACUUUGAAGAUGCAGAACAAUGUUUUCAUAUUGUACAUAACUCAGUAAAAGACACAGUGGCGGGACCAUAUUUUCUGUCUAUCAUGCAGCAUUUACUUUGUGUCAGAGAUGAUUUAUAUGCCAGGCCACAGUACUACAAGUUAAUAGAGGAAUGUGUUACACAGAUUGUUCUGCACAAAUCUGGUGCUGAUCCAGAUUUUAGAUUGACCAGGAGAUUUGAAAUAGAUGUAGAACCAUUGUUAAAUACUUUAAAUGAGAAAUCAAAAUUUGAAGAUAAUGAAGUGUCAGUGGGAGAAAUGAGUUCCAAACUAGAGACAGCACUUACAGCUAAACAAGAAUCGGAGGCCAAAGUUCUCACUAUGGAAGAUAAAAUAAAACGAUAUGAGGAGGAAUUAGCCAGUCUUAAAGAAAAGAUGAGGAAGGAACAACAAGCUGCCCUUGAGGCUAAAUUAACAAAACAAAUGCCUUCUGCAGCAGCAGCCAUUAAACAGAUGGUUGUCUGCCCAAAAUGUGAGGCAGAGAGUAAAUCAUCAGAUCAGGAACCGGUUAAAGAUGGAGUAGAAACACAACUUUCAUCUGUGAUAAACAAAGGUGGUCCACCACCACCAGCUCCACCACCUCCUCCGCCCCCACCAGGAGGUGUCCCACCACCACCACCACCACCACCAGGUGGGGGCCCUCCACCACCACCACCCCCUCCAUUCCCUGGAGGUGUACCUCCCCCUCCUCCACCCCCAGGUGGAGGUCCUCCUCCUCCACCCCCACCCCCUGGUGCCCCAAUGCCCCCUGGAAUGGCCCCUCCACCACCAUUUGGAAUGCCUUCGCCAGUUUCUAAAGCACUGCCAUUUGGAAUGCAACCAAAGAAAAAAUAUCAAGUCAAACAGCCAAUGAAAAGAGCCAACUGGAAAAAGGUAAAUUAAAAAGAUUUAUCCCAUGACAUAUGGCCUUUUGAAAACUUUGCCACACUUGUUCAACAUUUCAUGACACCAACUGUAAACAGGGAGGGAGUGAAACCUAAAACAACAGAUGAAACUGCAGAGCAAAAACCUGCAAAGAAAGGCAAGGAGCUCAAAGUUCUAGAUCCAAAAUCAGGGCAAAAUCUUUCCAUAUUACUAGGAUCUAUUAAAGUGCCUUAUCAGGAAUUAAAGCGUCGUAUAGUAGAGAUGGAUGAGGAGAACCUGACACCUGCUAUGGUAGAACAGCUGCUCAAAUAUAUGCCAGAUCAAGAUUCCCUAAACCAGUUAGCCUCUAUGCAAGAUCAUUACAAUGAACUUGCAGAACCAGAACAAUUCUGUGUUGUAAUAUCUUCCAUAAAGAAGUUAGUUCCAAGAUUGAAUGCAAUGUUGUUUAAGAUGGGAUUUGCUGAAAAUAUGAAUGAUAUUAAACCUGACCUGGUAAACACAAGAGAAUGCUGUGAGGAGAUAAAGGAAAGUAAAAAAUUCCAUGGAAUCCUCGAACUUAUAUUGCUUGUUGGAAACUUUUUAAACACAGGGUCCAGAAAUGAACAAUCUCUGGGAUUUGAUAUCAACUUCUUAUCAAAGCUUGGGAACACUAAAGCUCAAGACGGGAAGACAACAUUAUUGCAUUUUAUUGCCAAUGUGUGUGAGACGAAGUACCCAGAUCUUCUAAACUUCCAUGAGGAGCUGUCACAUCUAGAUAAAGCUGCCAGAGUGUCUGAUGAAAACAUGAAAAAGAACAUAAAAGCCAUGGAGAAACAGUUUAAGGCUCUGGAAACAGACCUCAAGUCAAUCAAGAAAUCAGUUGGUGACAAGGACAAGUUCUCAGAUGUUAUGAAUGUAUUCCUUGGGUCAGCUAAAGAACAGUUUGAAGUAUUAAACACAAUGUAUAAACAAUUAGAUAGCCAGUAUAAAACAUUAGCAAAGUACUACUGUUUUGAUCUAAACAAGUACAGUGUGGAGGAAUUCUUUGGAGAUAUCCAAAGUAUUUAAAGAUGGAUUCUU